GGAUUAUCGGAUAUGAUUGGUCGAUAAUAGAUCAGUGUCAGUGGCAAGAAAGUGAGUUGUGCCGACUUAAAGAAUCAUUUCUGGAUUAUUCUCCGUCUCAACAAGAUUUUCUCUUCAUAUUCAGUGCAGGCUGCUUACCAUGAAACUAAGUUCCGCCAGUCUGGCCCUUGCUCUGCUGACCAGCAGCUGCUGUUCUGCCCUUCCUCCAAACAAGGAACACAAAGACAGGGUGAUGGAUCAGAAAUUGAGCGAUAAAGAACAUGAACUGAAUGGUGAACACAACAACGACUAUGACCAUGACGCCUUCAUGGGAGAAGAAGCCAGUGAAUUUGAAGAUCUAACUCAAGAAGAGAGCCAAAAAAGACUUGGGAUUAUUGUUGAUAAGAUAGACAAAGAUCAUGAUGGGUUUGUGUCUGAGGAGGAGCUACAGCAGUGGAUACAGUAUGUACAGAAGAAGUAUGUUAUAGAGGAUACAGAGCGCAUGUGGAAGGACCAUGACCUAGAGGAGGGCACCCUCACUUGGAAAUCAUACAGGCAGAGAACUUAUGGAUAUGAAUAUAAUCCAGAUGAAGAACAGGACUUUCAUGAUAUGGUGAAACGUGAUGAACGUAAAUUCCAGAAAGCUGAUGCAGAUGGUGAUGAAAAACUCACAAAGGAAGAAUUUGCUGCAUUUUUACAUCCUGAGGAACAUGAACAUAUGAAAGAUAUUGUUGUUUCAGAAACCAUGGAAGACAUAGAUAAAGACAAAGAUGGGAAAAUUAGUCUUGAGGAGUACAUUGCUGAUAUAUACGAUGAGGAUGAUGAAGAUGACGAUGAUGAGGGUGAUGAUGAUGCCAAUGAAGACGGCACACCUGACUGGGUGGAGUCUGAGCGGAUGCAGUUCAUCAAUUUCCGGGACCGGGACCACGAUGGACAUCUGGAUCUAGAGGAGGUCCGCCAGUGGAUCAUUCCGGAGAAUUAUGAUAUCAGCGACUCGGAGGCAAAACACCUAGUCUCUGUGUCAGACACUGAUGGGGACGGCAAGCUCACAAAACAAGAAAUUCUGGACAAAUAUGACAUCUUUGUUGGCAGUCAGGCCACAGACUUUGGUGAUGCUUUGACUCGACAUGACGAGUUUUAGGCCUAAGAAUACUCAACCCCAGAUUAAGUUUGUGAAAGCCAGUUAAAACAUGAUUGUGUUCAGUGCUGCAAGGAAAACUGUGCCUACUGCUUUAUUGCUAUGAAAGUGACUUAGAUAUGGCUUGAUACAUGUACAUUGUCUGUACUAUGCAAUCAUUUAUUAGCUCACCUGACCAAGUUGUCUAAGGUUAGCAUUUGUCCGUUGUCCACAAUUAGUUUGUAACCACUUUAACAUCAACAUUUCUGAACAUAUCUUAUUCAAAGUUGUUCAAAAUUUAUAUGGCCACAAGAUCCCAGCCAAGUUCGAUUAUGGGCCAGAUAUGACAAGUAGGUCAAGAGUUGUUGCCCUUGAUUAACAAUGCCAUAUUUAACAUUGUUUACACUCUAGCACCUUCAUGUAUUCACCGAACCUAAAAAAUGCCAUAUUUUACAUUUGUUACCACUCGAACAAGUACCUUCAAUUUCUCACCAAUCCUUAUAAUAUUUAAUAUGAAAAUGAUGACCAUAAGAUCGUAGCCAAGUUUAUGGGUCAAAUCUGACCAAUGGCCAGUUACAUGUAUCCAGGGUCUAUACUUGGUAGCUCUAUACUAGCCAAAGGCCAGAAGAACUUAUGCCAUGGCUUGGUGUCCUUAUAUAUCAGUCCAUAAAUAUUUGCUUUUGAACUCGAUAAAGUCUUUAGUUUUAAUUGUAUCUAAAUCAAAGUUACACAGUAGUUAGAAUCCAUGAGAGCUCAGUUUCUUUCGAAAACUAUGACUGGUUUAAAAGAUCUUGAUCUUCUAUAAACUUAUACAGAAGUUAAAUAUUGAUGCUCAAACUAACCAGAUCCUCCCAUGCAUGAGUGGAUUAUGGCCCUUGAAAUUGUCGAAAUUGCUAUGAUUGAGGUUGUGAACACAAUAGAGUCCAUUUAUAACCCAAUGUUUACUCAACUUUAACAGUAGUUAGAUAUUGACUAAAUGACUGUUCCUUUGGAAAACCAGCCAGAUUUGCUUAUGCAUGACUGGAUAAUGGCCCUUGAAAUUAUCAAAAUAGCUAUAAUACAGCCAGAUUUAUUUAUCAGAACUUCAGAUGAUUUGACAGUGUAUUUAGUUGUGAUUGAAAGGCUACAUUACUUAUGCAUUAAGCAAUGAAGAUGACUGACACUCCAGUGCUAUUGAAGGAUAUUAAAUUGUAAAAUGCGAAUUCAUUGGAAGAAGAGUUUUCUCCCCUGCCUCAUGUAUAGAAUAUUAAAACGAAAUUUUGUCAUUCAAUUGGCCCACGGUAUUUAUGAAGGAUAACAGAAUAAAGUACCGUGGUUGCCGACAAUGAUUUAUUUUAUUUAUAGGUAUGUUAAAAGUUGACAUUGUAGUUGAUCAGGUAUUUUUGUGAUAUUUUCAUAUACACUGACUGGUGGUUUGUUCAUGUUUUAGAGGAUAACAUGAAUUGAAAUAAAAUUGAAAUUGUUGCAUCAAGAUGAAAACUUCAGUAACAUAUGUAAACAAUGUGGUUUCAUUAAUAAGUAUUGUUAUGGAGUUAGCAUUGUGUAAUAGAUUAUAUGAACAUGCUUUUUUGUAGGGAAAGUAUUAUUUCUACUUUUUAAAUUGUAUGUACUAACUUUCCAACUUUUUUUUCAAGCAUGAAAUAACUAUUUAGAGAUUUUGUAGGGUUUUAUCACUGGUAGGCGCAUUCUUUGAAAACAAAAUUUUUACUAUUAAUAUAUUUGACAUUUAUAGUCCAUGUAUUUAUCCACCAGAUAUGUUAUUGUGUUUAUUUUACAAUUUGUCAAUGUAGCUUAUUUUACCGAACAAAGCUUCCUUAGCCAUACUUGUUUUAUAUUUGCUAUUUUGUAGUGUUAGUGAUUGUUAUAUUACAUGUGCUUGCAUGUUAUUGUAUUAAGCUCACCUGAGCACAAAGUGCUCAGCGUAGCUACUUUGAUAGGGUGACUGUCCGUUGUAUGUUUGUCGUCAACAUUUUCCUUCAAACAACUUUUUCUCUGAAACCACUGGGACAAUUUCAACCAAACUUCACAGGAAUGUUCCUUGGGUGGUACUCUUCCACAAGAUUUCAAUAAAAGUGAUUUAAAAAAGAACCCUGGUUGCCAUGGCAACCGAAAAGAAAUAAAAUGAAAAUGUUCUUAAAAAAACGCUGGUUAGAUUUCAUAAUGAAUUCACAGAAAUACUCCUUUGGUGGCCCUGUAUCAAUUUUCUUCGAUCCAUGUUGAUUGGUCAUCUUUCCACUAUAUGUUUAUAAAAAAACAUGGCCACCAGGGGGUUGGGCAUCUUUCCACUAUAUGUUUAUAAAAAAAAAUGUCCACCAGGGAUGGGGCUUCUUUUAAAUUUAUGUUUAUAUGGCAAACUAAAAAUCUUUUCAGAAUGCACUGGCCUGAUUUUAAAAUUAUUUCACAAUUUUUUUUUUCUUAGGUGACCCUCUAUCAAAUUCCUUCUCCCCAUGUUGAUAGGUAAAAAAAUGGCUGCUAGGGGUGGGGCUUAACUGUUCAGUGUAUGCCCCUAUAUUAAAGACAAUUUUGAAAGUCUUUUUCUUAGAGACUUUUGGCCCAAUUUCAAAAUAAUCUCACAGAAAUAUUCUUUAGGCUACCCCAUAUCAAACACAUUCACCUCAUGUUGAUUUGUAAAAAAAAAAACAUGGCUGCCAGGGGUGUGGCUACUUUUCACUUUAUGUCUAUAUGGAAAACUUUAAAACCUUUUCUUCAGAAACUAUUUGACCAAUUUUAAAAUAAUUUCACAGAAAUAUUUCAUAGGUGUUUCACUGUCAAAUUCCUUCCCCCCCAUGUUGAUUAAUAUAAAACAAAUAAUUUCACAGAAAUGGUCCUAAUGUGACCCAUUUAUCAAAAUUAUUUAUUUUAUUUUCUUAACUUCAAACUUCAUGAACUUAUUCAAAGUAAUAAAAUGCACUUUUGUUUCUAGCUAUAUAACUCUAACUUAAAUAUUGUAAGAGUUAUGGCCCUUUGUAACUCUUUCACUGAAUACACAUUUUUCAUAUUUUAAUAAGCCCGUUUAAAAAACAGGAAGUGUUAUAGUUUCACCUGUUGCGAGAGGUAUCCACCAUGUUGUCUGAUCAAUAACUUUAUAACCCUUUGUCCCAUCAGUUGAGUGAUAUAUGGCCAUCUAUGCCCUCUUGUAGUAUACACUGGUCACAGCGGAUUUCAAUCAAAACUACUCGCAUGUUUUUUUGCCAUUCAGAUAUAUUUGAUCAAAAUCAAUAUUGAACUUGGUUCAGAUAAUUUCAUUGCUUUUUUUCUCAAUAUCGUCAACGCCACCAAAGUAUCGUUGGAUAAUUAAUUGACUGACAAAGUUUUGUAUUAUGAAUUUUAAAGUAAAUAAAAUUGACAAAAAAAAUCUGAUUUGGGUGAGAUUCGAACCUUAAAAGCUUAUGUUGGGAUAACAGAACUUCCAAGGAUACACAUUUUGCCAGUCAAUUGUCUGAUGGUACAUGAUGGGGCGCAGAGCAUAAUUUAGUACCAGGAGUGUCUGGCAUUGUGGAAGUAUUUUUGUUGUGCCAAAUUUACAUUUGUCUUUUUUCAAGUGUUUUUGCCAAAACAGAUAUUCUUUCAUGUUUGUUAUGGAAAUGAUCUUUCCUUAGUCAUGAUUUUAAGUCUUUUGAUAUGAGUUUUCCUUCGAGCUAGUCUUGAGAUAAAAGGACACCUUUCUCACCUAAUUGACUUUUACAGGUGCUACGAUUUGGCUUUUUUUAAGCAAAAACUUUGGCAGAUACCUUAAAUGUCAAUAAUGAUUGUACAUGAUACAUUAAUUUUUAAUAAAAAUCUCAUUUUC